AUGACGCGUCUUUCUGCCCAUCACGGUGUCCUCAGGGCGGCCCUCCUGCUCGCACUCCUCGCCCCGUUAUGCCCCUUGGGUCUGGCUCAGAGGCCCGGCCUCAUCCAACACCAUCAUCAUGAACAGCACGCCUCUCCGGAUGGCAAUCAGCUAGAGAGCCACGUUCCCCGCAACCCAGAUGCCGUCUGCUCCAUUGUCCGGUACUGCCCGGAUCCUGUUAUGUCCAUCCUCGGCAACAGGCGGCAGCAGCAGCAGAGAACGACGUCGUCGACGACAUCGACUAGGGAGUUGUCGUCGAUUCCGUCCUCCUCUUGCACAACCCUCCAUACCGUCAGCUGCACCUUUUACACCGUCUGCAACCUGACGGCGUCGGCGCCCACCGACACCUGUACGAAGACAACGACGACGUCGUCCUGCACCACGCCCACAUCCACGCCUCGCUGCAGCUCCAGCCCCAGCUCCAACUCCACCUCCAGCUCCCUCCCCAGCAACGACACCACCAGCAGCACCACCUACUGGGUGUCCUGGUCGUCGCCGCUGCCCACGCCGGCGAGCUACUCCUAUGGCCGCCUGACGCCCGUCCACAGUCCGCCGUGGCCGAAACCGCCGUCGUCCUCGUCGUCUUCCACGCUCUGUCCCUCUACAUCGCUCGACGGAAUCACGUCGUGGCCCCCCAGCUUUGCCACCGAAUCGACGACACGGCGCCGGCACCACUCGCGGAGCAUUCGCAGCUUCCACUCCAUUGUGCGGCCGAGUGAGACGUCACGUCUGCCACCGUAUCCAACGACAACAACGUCGUCAAGCACGACGAGCAGUGAGCGCGCCUGUACAAAGACGACAACGCAUACGUCCAAAACGCAUCACUCGGCAUCAAGUGUGUUUAUUUUGCCAGAGUAG